CCCGGAUAAUGUCUGAGAAUGUCCAUUUCUGGGACGCUUAGCAGCUAUUAUGUCGACUCGAUCAUAAGUCACGAGAGUGAGGACGCUCCUCCAGCCAAGUUUCCUUCCGGCCAGUACGCGAGCCCCCGGCAGCCGGGCCACGCGGAGCACCUGGAGUUCCCCUCGUGCAGCUUCCAGCCCAAAGCGCCGGUGUUCGGCGCCUCCUGGGCGCCGCUGAGCCCGCACGCGUCCGGGAGCCUGCCGUCCGUCUACCACCCCUACCUGCAGCCCCAGGGCGUCCCGCCGGCCGAGAGCAGGUACCUCCGCACCUGGCUGGAGCCGGCGCCGCGCGGCGAAGCUGCUCCGGGGCAGGGCCAGGCGGCGGUGAAGGCGGAGCCGCUGCUGGGCGCGCCUGGGUAGCUGCUCAAACAGGGCACGCCCGAGUACAGUUUGGAAACUUCGGCGGGCAGGGAGGCCGUCCUGUCUAAUCAAAGACCCGGCUACGGGGACAAUAAAAUUUGCGAAGGAAGCGAGGACAAAGAGAGGCCGGAUCAAACCAACCCCUCUGCCAACUGGCUGCACGCUCGCUCUUCCCGGAAAAAGCGCUGUCCCUACACCAAAUACCAGACGCUGGAGCUAGAGAAGGAGUUUCUGUUCAAUAUGUACCUCACCAGGGACCGUAGGCACGAAGUGGCCAGACUCCUCAAUCUGAGUGAGAGACAAGUCAAAAUCUGGUUUCAGAACCGGCGGAUGAAAAUGAAGAAAAUGAAUAAGGAACAGGGCAAAGAGUGAAGACACCCCCCCCCUUCCCCAGCCCUCCCCACCCCUUCCCCAUCUCACGCUUAUUUAUAAGUGAUGGCUGCAGGGCCAGUGCUGUCUGGGAUGUAUUCAAGUGAAUGGGGAAGGGAGUCUUUCUCUUCAAAGUCCUUUUCUGCAUCUAGAGCAUCUCUUUUCCUUUGCCCUUACCUGUCCUUCUCUUCUCCCUGAGCCUCAGAAGGAAGUUUUGUUGAUUUAGAAGAUAGACAUGUAGUUGGUUUCUAACAAGGUAAUGGGCCACAAGGAAAGAGAGACCCUAGUCGAGCCCCUAGCAAUCUCCUUAAUUUUUCUGGGAAGCCCCCAGCCCUUCACUUCCAGCCUACCUAUCUUCACCCCUUACUCACACCUAUCCCAGAGUCACCCAGAGACACUCCAACUGCAUACAGCCCCACAGAAGUCCACAUACAUAAAGCCUGUAAUAACAGGGAAAGCUCGCAGCCAACACUCAAAUGAAGUGACACCCCAAAUGCAGACCAUCGCACCCCAAAUCUGGUAGAACAGCCCUCAGGCCACCAGCAAGCCCAGGUUUUACCCUUGAUACAAAUAUACAUCAAGAAGAUGUCUAGAGACACACUCCUGAAUGAGGCUCUCUGAGGCCCAAAGGGCUCAGCAUCACCAUACCGUCUCUAUGGAAUCCCCAGUUCUAUCCCAUCUGGACCCAAGGGCAAAUGGGAGUAAACGGGCCCCCGGCUGGUGGGCUAGAAGGGGCAAGGAAAAGCAGCAGUGGUCUUAUGAAGGCAUCCCCGGACUUGUGAAGGUGUUCCACACACACACAUUUUGUUGCAGGAAAUGUUUAAUUCUGCAUGUUUUUUCCCCUCUCCUUCCAACAAAAGGAGGUCACAUCGUGGGUCGUAAGCCUUGACAAUGUUGUCUGUCCGUUCAUCUGUGCCCCGCUUGACAGAGACUGUAGCUUCUCUUGCUCUGCCCCGGCCCUGCGUUCUUCCGCACCCUCCCCAGCUCCGAAAUCAACUCUGUUUCGGCCGAAUCCACCUUGCACCAGCGAGUCAAGCCACCCCUUGGAGAAGCCCCCCCACCUCCACCCCCUCUCCAUCCUCCACUAGCGCAACCGUA